CCUUCUGUGUGUGUCCCUAAGUCCUCCUUCCAGGAAGAAGACUUCUCACUCUUCAGAGCGAUUCUGUAUGACUUCUGGUCAUGCACCUUUCUGUCCUGGCUGGCUUGGAACCUCCCUCCCUUUGGAAUCAUGUGCAAAUCCUCACCUUUGUGAAUGACAUCUCUUCCUUCUUCGUGUGACAUUGAAUACUACUCCAUUUGCAUUUUGGCAAAGAGCUGCUGAGUUUAGAUCAUAGAUGGAAUGUGACAGUCCCUGUCAUCUGUGAAGAGGACAGACUAAUCGGAAAGAUCCAGAGAGGGUUCACUAAAUUGUGCUCUACAACAGACUAAAUUGGGCAGAGACAAGAGACAGGUACAGUGAAGCAACAGGUAGAAGUGACAGGUUCACAGAGCGGAGUUUCAAGUCAGCAAGGAGAUUGUACAUCAAGAGAAAGAACAAGGUCAGGUCUAGCUGACAUGUCAGGGCUGGAGAAAUGGAUGUUCCUGGUUCUGUCUGCCACCGAGUUCAUUCUGGGGAUGCUGGGGAAUGGGUUCAUAGUGUUGGCCAAUGGCAGCAGCUGGUUCAAAAACAAGACAGUCUCUCUGUCUGACUUCAUCAUCACUAACCUUGCUCUCUCUAGGAUCGUUCUCCUGUGGAUUCUCUUGGUUGACGGUGUUUUAAUGGUGUUCUCUUCCAAAGUACGUGAUGAAGGGAUAGUGAUGCAAAUUAUUGAUAUUUUCUGGACAUUCACAAACCACCUGAGCAUUUGGCUCAUCACCUGUCUCAGUGUCCUCUACUGCCUGAAAAUUGCCAGUUUCUCCCAUCCUGCAUUCCUCUGGCUCAAGUGGAGAGUUUCCAGGGUGGUUGUAUGCAUGAUUUUGGGUGCCCUGUUCUUAUCGUGUGUCAGUGCCCUAUCUCUGAUCCAGGAAUUUAAGAUCUAUUCCGUUCUCAGGGGGAUCAAUUUCACAGGGAAUAUGACCGAGCACUUUAGAAAGAAAAGAAAUGAAUACAAAGUGUUCCAUGUUCUUGGGACUCUGUGGAACCUCCCUCCCCUAAUUGUGUCUGUGGCCGCGUACUUUCUGCUCAUCCUCUCCCUGGGGAGACACAUGCAGCAGCUGCAGCAAAGAAGCAUCAGCUCCAGAGAUCCAAGCACCGAGGCCCACCAGAGAGCCAUCAAAAUCAUCGUCUCCUUCCUCUUUCUCUUCCUGCUUUACUUUUUGGCCUUUCUGAUUACAUCCUGCAGUUAUUUCAUACCAGGAACUGAGAUGGUCAUUAUGAUCGGAGAAGCAGUUACAAUGUUUUAUCCUGCUGGCCACUCAUUCAUUCUCAUUCUGGGAAACAACAAGCUGAAGCAGACGUUUGUGGAGAUGCUGUGGUGUGAGCCUGGCCUUCGGAAGCCUGGACUCAAGGGACCUUUUGCCCCCUAGAGUGACCGAGGGCACAGACGAGAGCCUGGGAGUCCUUUAGUCUGGCUCAAGGCUAAGGGCUCCUCCUGAUCCUUCCGUGGCACCAAUUCUGUGACGCCAGGAGGAGAGAGAUGCGACUACAUUGUGCUGGCCCACUGGGGACAUGUCUUUUGGCUUCUCUUUGUGUGGUGUUUUGGAGAGAAUGAAACAGUCUCUGGAAAAUGUCAGUAUAGUAGGAACACUCACUGUAUAGAUGUAGAGUUGUAUUUUAAUAGCUAUCAACCUAAUGAGCUGAUUCCUAGCUUUAACUUCAAGUUUAUAGGGACAGUGAUGAGCUGAUGUAACUAGAACAGUGUAAUGGCUCUGCGGGAAAGAGAAGAGGCUUUACAGUUCCACAGACUUGGGUUUGAAUUCUGGUUCUAUUUCCAAGACUUUUGGCCUUUGGUGAGUUACUUUCAUUUACUUUCUGAUCCUCUCUUCCAUCAUUUUAAAAUGCGGACGGUGACAUGGACUUCACGAUUCAGGAGGCAGCGUGUCCCAGCGUGCUGUGUAGAGCCCUCGGUGAAGUGGGCACCUGACAGUGAAUUGUACAGCAGGAGCAGUUCCCACAGGAGAUGAGUUUCCACACAUUCUCUGUGCGAGGACAAAAGCAGUGGAAUGAGAAUCAAGACCCUUGGCCAGCAGGCUCCUGUCCAGUCCAGUGGUGGUGAUUUCCCUUCAGGACUCCUGGCAUUCCUUUAUCGUUUGGCUGAAGUAAAUUGCCAAGUAAUUUUUAAAGUUUUUUAGAUAGGGCAAAAGUCUAAGCAAUUUUUCCUUUUUAAACUAACCACGAUGCAUGUGAGCUUUGAAAACUUGAGAGUUUUAUAAAAAAAAAAAUAUAAGCAGUUUUUAUAAAUUCAGUACAUCAUCUUUUAAUACAGUUUUGCAGGCAUUGAUUAAUUUCCUAUCACUGAACAGCGUCAAGAAGUCAAUGAGAAGAUUAUUACUUACGAUCAUGAAGAAUUCUUACUCAUGGGUAUAUACAGUUAGGUCCCAUGGCAAAUCUGAAUCCAGCUUUCUGUCACUAAUGGGGCUGUCAGGUGUAGAGCAUUGUGGCUACGAAUAUGGGCCCUGAAGGCAGACGGCCUGGGUUCUAGCCCCGGCCCGGCCCCUGUGAACUGGGUGACUUGGGGGAAGUUUCUUCACUUCUGUUUCACCGUCUUCAUUUGUAAAAUGGGAUUAGUGAUAGUAUGUCGUUGAUGGGGUUGCUGGAAGGAGUGAGUGAGCUACCAGAUGAAAAGUACUUAGAGUCCCAGGGAGAGUAAACAAUAGCUAUUGUUAUUAUUUUUAUUAUUUUUGUGGAAUGAGUGAUACUUUGAUAUAGCAUUAAGGAUCACCAUGCUACUUGGCAUUUGGUCGUAUGAAACCAGAAAUUAAUUUGGGGCUUGUUCUGGGAUUUCUGUAUUCAUUUUUAAAGUUACAGAAAUAAAUGUCUUUUGGUUUGCACUGUUUGUUUUCAGAUUGAUACUUGCUUCUUGAAGCUGCUGUGUCGAAAACCAAUGAUGUACUACUAUAUGUUGGCUAAUUGAACAUAAUAAAAAAAAGGAAAAUUCUUA